CACCGACCACAGUGCACUGUGACUGCUGGGCGGACGCAGAGGAUACUAGCGCUUAGGCUACUCUCCGCUACUUGCUAAGCUUGAACGUCGCCAGGCACCGCGGGACCGGAACCCCCGGGAGUUAUUGUGUGUUUGUGUGCGCGUGCGUGUAUCAGAGUGUGUGUGUGUGAGAGAGAGAAAGAAAGAGAGAGAGCGUGAUUAGAAAACCUCGUCCCGAGUACAGCAAAACAGGAAACAGCAACCAUCCCCCAUCCAUCUCCAUGGCAACAAGGGUCGUCACCGGUGGCAACAGCAACCAAAUGCGAAGCGCUGGUAGAUAUCGUCCUGCCGAGUCAGAUAGUGGGAGCUCGGUGGCGACCGCGGCGACGGUUGCGCACCACGGGGGGGCACAGCCAAAACCAGGGACGGUACCGCCGAAGCGGCCAGUCAGCAAUGAGCAGCAGCUGAGCGUACAGCAACAGCAGCAACAGCAACAUCCAAUUCGUGUUCCCGUUGUAGCCGCCGCCGCCGCCGCCACCGCCGCCACAAGUAGCAGCGUUGUCACCGCGGACCAGCAGCAGCACCAUCAUCAGCAACACCUCACCCACCACCACCACCAUCAGCCGCGCCAACAAUCGACAGUAGUAGCGAUGGGCGACACACCGAUCAACCGGGACCGCCUGGGCCAGUGGCCAACCGGGCCGGAUGGCGAAACCGCUGGUGCCAUCUCGGGCUUCGAUCGGCUCCGGAUUGGCAAGUACAACAAGGGACUAUCGUUUAGCAUCGAGGAGCGGCAGGCACUCGGUAUCCAUGGGCUGUUGCCGGCCGUGGUGCGUUCGGAAGAGGCCCAGGUCGAGCACUGUGCGGAGCUGCUGCGCCACUACGAGGCCCCGUUGGACAAGUACAUCUACCUGAUGGGGUUGCUGGACCGAAACGAGCGGCUGUUCUACCGUCUGCUCGCCUCCAACAUCGGCGAGAUGAUGCCGCUGGUGUACACGCCGACGGUCGGGCUGGCCUGCCAGCGCUACAGUCUGGUGUUCGAGAGGCCGCGCGGCCUCUUCGUCACCAUCAACGACCGUGGCCACGUGUACGAGGUGCUGUGUAACUGGCCGGAGUCGGACGUGCGCGCGAUCGUCGUAACGGACGGCGAGCGCAUCCUCGGACUCGGCGAUUUGGGCGCGAACGGGAUGGGCAUCCCGGUCGGCAAGCUGGCCCUCUACACGGCACUCGCCGGCAUCAAGCCGCACCAGUGUCUACCGGUCACGCUCGACGUCGGCACCAACACGCAGUCGAUACUGGACGAUCCGCUGUACAUAGGGCUGCGGCAGCGGCGCGUCACCGGCCCGGACUACGACGCGCUGGUGCAGGAGUUCAUGGAGGCGGCGGUGCGCCGUUUCGGUCGCAACUGUCUGAUCCAGUUCGAGGACUUUGCGAACGCGAACGCGUUCCGCUUUCUCGACCGCUAUCGGAACGACUACUGCACCUUCAACGAUGACAUCCAGGGAACGGCAGCCGUCGCGGUCGCCGGUCUGUUCGCUUCGCUGCGCAUCACCCGCACCAAGCUGUCGGACAACCGGAUACUGUUCCAGGGGGCGGGCGAGGCGGCGCUCGGUAUCGCGCAGUUGUGCGUGAUGGCACUGCAGCAUGAUGGGCUGAGCGAGACCGAAGCCCGGAGUCGCAUCUGGCUCGUCGACAGCCGCGGUCUGAUCGUGAAGGAUCGGCCGGCCGGCGGGCUGAGCGGCCACAAGCACAACUUCGCGCACGAGCACCCACCGGUCGAUACGCUGCACGAGGCGGUCCAGCAGCUUCGGCCAACCAUCCUGAUCGGGGCAGCUGCUAUCGCCGGCGCCUUCACGCCCGCCAUCCUGCGCGCCAUGGCUGACUGCAACGAGCGGCCCGUCAUCUUUGCCCUCUCCAACCCGACCAGCAAGGCAGAAUGCACGGCGGAGCAGGCGUACCAGCACACGGACGGUCGGGCCGUGUUUGCUUCCGGUUCACCCUUCGAUCCGGUCACCUACGGUGGUCGCACGUUCUAUCCCGGUCAGGGCAACAAUUCGUACAUCUUCCCCGGCAUCGCGCUCGGCGUACUGUGCGCCGGUGCGGGUACCAUUCCCGAGGAGGUGUUCCUGCGUUCCGCCCAGCGGUUGGCCGAGAUCGUGACGGACGAGGAUCUGGAGCGGGGCAGCCUUUACCCGCCUCUCGACCGCAUCCAGGAGUGCUCGGUGCAGAUCGCCGUACACAUCAUGGAGUACGCGUACCAGCAGGGUAUCGCUGCAACGCAACCGGAACCGCGCGACAAGGAGGCGUUCGUGCGCGCACAGAUGUACGAUCCCCACUAUCAGUCAGCCCUGCCAACGGUUUACGCCUGGCCGAAGCUGUAAGACACAGCUAGACACUCCGUGAUCUAUCCACGCUCUAUCAAUGGUGUGCGUGUUUGUUAUAUCUCGUACUGUUCUGUGUUGUUGAUUGUGUUGUGUUAUAACUAUGUACUACUAUGUCCUUCUCAUUUGCCAAUAUCCCAACCCCGAAUCCCCACCACCCCCCCAGGACGUCGCUUAUGCUCCAGUCAGUCUAUGAGUUUACGCUCAACAGGCUUCUCCAAAAACAAACACCCCGUACCAGGGCUCCCCAGGAUCACGCGCUAUCACUUCUGUUAUGUUGUUUUAUUUCUUCAUUGUUUUCCCGGGGCCUUUGCUAGUGUGCCGAUGCUAUGUUAAAGCACAAAAAAAAGAAGAAUCGAACCCCCUGGUAAAGGUAAAUAAAUAUUUAUUCGCUAAUGUUUGGCAUAUA